GCUUUUGCGAGUGCUUCCCGCCCUACCGGGGGAGGUUCUGCGAAAAUGUGGAGCCUGGCAAGAAGGACGGCUCGCGGAAAUACCGAGCUGUGCUGCACUACCUGGUAGGAGACCGGGAGAAGCUGCUAAGCGACUUCGAGCGUACGCUUCCGCUACUCUGGGACAGGUUCAACAAGCAGGAAGACUACCCAGUGGUGGUGUUUCACGAUGGCCUUUCCAAAGUGAGUCGGAAGCGAAUCUUGGAGGCAUCCUCAAACCGAAUAUGGUUUGCCUAUGUGGAUGAUUACAAGACAGUUCCGGCUGUUUUCAAGGGCCGCGUGGAGCUAGAUCUCGGUGGCUACGGCCUGGGAUACCGUGGCAUGUGUCGAUUCAGGUCGGGGCCCAUCUUUAUGCAGCCUGUCAUGAAAGGUUUCGACUAUGCCUGGACAUUAGACACCGACGGCUACUUUCCAGCAGACAUCCUCUCCGAUCCCUUGGAGAGGAUGUGGCGCGAAGACCGCGUCUACGGCUAUUCGCAUGUGUCUCGGGACCAGGCGUCUGCCGUCCAGCACUUCUGGGAGUUCUGCCGUUUGUAUUUCGAGUCGAAGGGGAUUGACCCCAAAGGCACCAAGAUGAUGCGGAGGCUGACAGAUGCCCUGGUGCUACGCGACACAUACUGGCACGAGUGGAAUCGCGUGCUAUUCAUGAAUGACAUCGAGAUCACCAAGCUAUCCUGGUUCCAAAGCCGGCAGUACCAGGACUUUUUCGAGUUCUUAGACUCCGUGGGAGGGUUUUGGCUCUACCGCUGGGGUGAUCAUGCG